AUGGCCGGCGCAGCAGUAGCACCUGCUGCAGCAGCAGCAGGUGCUGCUGCUGCUGCCCCGUUAACAAGGAGGGGGGUGUACCUGGGGCUGCUGUUGCUGCUGCUUCUGCUGCACCCUUAUUCCGGGAGUGCUGCAGCUCCUGUUGCGUCGCCUGAUGGCGCAGCAGCGCCAACAGCAGCAGCAGCUAGGGCAGCAGCUGCUGCCGGCGGCGGCAGCAACAGCAGCAGUAACAGCAGCAGUAACAGCAGCAGCAACAGCAGCAGCAGCAGCAGCAGCAAUGGCAGUAACAGCCUGAUAUCUGAUGUCGGGCUAUCUCCUGGCGCCCACAACGUGUUGAUGCUGCUGCUGCUGCUGCUCUUUGCUGCUUGGCUGCUGAAUGUGCUGCCCCGAUUGUUUUCGUUGCUGCAUAUUCGGAAGCAUCUUGAGCUGCAGCCAGAGGCGUUGCUGCUUUCUGGGUUCGGGCGUUACCGCUCAGAGCUGCAGCAGCUGAUGCGAAUUCACUUCACGAAGCUGCUGCAGCACAACAAACCUGCUGCUGCUGCAGCAAUGCCGCUAGUAGAGGUUCAGGUGUAUUGCUACGAUCCUCUGCCUUUAAAUCAAGGAGAGGUAGCGGAGAACCAGGAGCAGCAGCAGCAGCAGCAGCAGCAGGAACUGCAGCAGGAACUCUUGCUGCUGCACCAAACAGAUGCUGCUGCUCACAGCAGCAGCCACAGCAGCUUCUUUAGGCCCAUUGCUGCUGCCUACAGCAGUAGCAGCAGCAACAACCGCAGAGACCGCAGCGGCAGCACCAGCAGCAACUUGCAGCAGCGGGAGGCCUUACUCAGCACCCCUUCCUCGGCAGCAGCAGCAGCUGCUGCUGCUGCUGCAUCCACAUCUGCAGCAGCAGCAGCUGCUGCUGCUGCACUUGCCGGUGGAGGGUUUGAUGUCUCUGUCGAUGCUACAGCAACAGCAGCAGUCAGGGCGUAUUGGGGAGUUGGACAGAAAGCCAUGGAUGCCUUUCUCAAAGGCACCAACAACGGCGAUUGUGAAUCUCUUCUCUCUGGCUCUGCUCGCCGACUAGCGCGGCUGCUGCCAAGCAGCAGCAGCAGCAGCGACAGCAGCAGCAGCAGCAGCAGCCGUAAGCAUCAGCACCACCUUCGUCAGCAGCAGCAGCAGCUCUUGCUGCAGGUCGCAUUAACGCUGCUUCAUUUGUUUGCGACAGUUCGGCUAUGCCGUGGGGCCCAGAGGGUUGCUGCCUCAUGUCUGCGCCUCAGAUGCAGCAGCAGCAGCAGCAAAAACGGCAGUAGCAGCAGCGGCAGCAACAGCGGCAACGGCAUUAGCAGCAGCGACAGCAGCAGCCACAGCAGCAAGCAGCGGCGGCGGCAUAAUUGA